AUGAAAAAGAAACCCAGACACCACGAACAGCUAAAGCAAAGACAAAUUCAAGACAACAACAACAAUAACGGAAUCACAUCUCUCUCCUUCGCCAAACCAUCUCCGACUCCAAUCUUAAUCGGAAAACAAACGAACCACCGUACCAAACUCGACGCCUUAGACUCCGUCAUCACAGACCUCGAAACCUCCGCUAAAAAAGGCAUCAGAAUCAGCGAGCCAGAGAUCUUCGCUUCUCUUCUCGAGACAUGCUACACCUUGAGAGCCAUCGACCACGGCGUCAGAGUCCACCGUCUCAUCCCUCCGUACCUCCUGCGCGACAAUCUCGGAGUCUCGUCGAAGCUCGUCAGGCUCUACGCUUCCUGCGGCCACGCGGAAGUCGCACACGAGGUGUUCGAUCGAAUGUCUAAGAGAGUCUCAUUAUCAUCAGCUUUCGCUUGGAACUCUCUCAUCUCAGGCUACGCCGAAUCAGGUCAGCACGAAGACGCCAUGGCUCUCUACUUCCAGAUGGCGGAAGAAGGCGUGAAGCCAGACAGGUUCACAUUCCCACGCGUGUUGAAGGCUUGCGGAGGAAUCGGCUCUGUUCAGAUCGGAGAAGCGAUUCACCGUGAUUUGGUCAAAGAAGGUUUCGGAGACGAUGUCUAUGUCCUCAACGCUCUUGUUGACAUGUACGCGAAAUGCGGCGACAUUGUUAAAGGACGGAACGUUUUCGACUUGAUUCCUCAGAGAGAUUACGUCUCAUGGAACUCCAUGUUGACUAGUUACCUUCGUCACGGAUUGUUACACGAGGCUAUGGAGAUUUUUCGUUUGAUGGUUCGAGAUGGGGUUGAGCCUGAUAAGGUUGCUGUAUCGAGUGUUCUUGCUCGCUUGAAACAUGGACGUCAGUUACAUGGAUGGGCGAUUAGGCGAGGAAUGGAGUGUGAGUUGUCUGUUGCGAAUGCUUUGAUUGUUCUUUACUCGAAAAGAGGAGAGUUGCGUCAAGCUUGCUUCGUAUUUGAUCAGAUGGUGGAGAGAGAUACUGUGUCUUGGAAUGCGAUUAUCUCUGCUCAUUCUAGAGAUUCUAAUGGUUUGAGGUAUUUUGAGGAGAUGCGGCUUGGUAAUGCAAGACCUGAUGGUAUUACGUUUGUCUCUGUUUUAUCUCUAUGUGCUAAUAAAGGAAUGGUCGAAGAGGGAGAGAGGUUGUUCUCUUUGAUGUCGAAGGAAUAUGGGGUGAAGCCGAGGAUGGAACACUAUGCGUGUAUGGUGAAUCUCUACGGAAGAGCAGGGAUGUUGGAAGAGGCUUACUCGGUGAUUGUUCAAGAGAUGGAGUUUGAGGCUGGUGGAACAGUUUGGGGGGCUUUGUUAUACGCUUGUUACAUCCAUGGAAAUGCGGAUAUAGGAGAGGUUGCUGGGAAACGUCUUUUUGAGCUGGAACCUGAUAACGAACACAAUUUCGAGCUUUUGAUGAGGAUUUAUGGCAAGGCGAAGAGAACAGAGGAUGUUGAGAGAGUUAGGCAGAUGAUGGUGGAUCGAGGAUUGGAGACAUGA